AUGCCAGAAGGCUCGGGGAUGGAGGGAGCAGGCGGUGCGCCGCAGCCUCCCCCGCGCGAAUCUACUCCCCUGGGCUUCAGAGACCCAGUGAAGAACCGAGAGGAUGCGCAGAAACCGUCGCCAGAGACGCCGCAGCGGGCCAGCCGGCCUCAUCUGGGGCUCUCGCUGCACAUGCCACAGCCGUUUAGCCCAAAGAACGGUCCUCCGGCUGCUCGUAUACCGCUGUCACCGAAGCUGGACUCUUCACACUCGUUCGGUUCACCGGGCUCUGUGCUGCCGCGCCGUUCUCGAGGGCUGGACUUCUCGCGCGCUUGCACCAACCUACACCAUUCCACGCUGGCGGAGUCCUCUCCCGACUCGUCACCGGUCGUCAGUGGCAGGGGGAUUGCCAUCCCCCAGCGUCGUGGUACCACCGGCAGCAGCGCGGGGUUGGUCGGCUCCCCCAGCAACUCGCACCACCAUUGCCUCACCUCAAGCGUGAGCGGCCAUGUCGAGAGAGCUGUUGUGUCAAGCUCCGUGAGUAGUGUGAACAUGAUCGACUCGGACUCGUCGAGCACGGAUGAAGAGGACGAGGACGGUUCCGUGCAUGGGUUUGACCGCGGUGACCCAGCUGCGAUGAACCCCCAGGCAAAGAAACAACAGCCCAGUCUGGGGCUGUCCGCUCCCUUCUCGCCGAACUUGACUCCCGCAUCAGGCGCAGACUGGAUAUCGGGGUUCUCAGCCGCAAAGGCAAGCCUGAUGAACUUCCAACGAGCGAGGUACCGUAACGGCCGGAAGAGACACAGUUCGUCCAGUGCAAGCGGUGCCAGCCCCAGACUGCUCUCUACGUCUCGGUCUCCACCAGCAGAGAAGGCCUUUGAUGGUGGCGCAGGGAGCUACCUGUCGCAGACCCUGGCUUCGCGGGAGGUCAAGUCGAAACUAGAUGAGCUAUCCCACGUUCCCUCUGACUUUCACCUUUCCGACGGGAGUGACGAUGUAGACGGCGCGAAACAGGCCGGUAUCAGCACUCCGUCCAGCGGCUCCCUUGCUGGAGGCUCGAAUUCCGAGUCUAGUCGCCGAGGCGUCAUUCGACGGCCGGUGACUAGGCGGGGAAAUCUUUUGCCUAAACCUAAAAAUUUUGCCCGAAUAAGGGCCACCUUGUUUGAAGAGUGCGCCCCCGUAGAGAGUGAUACUAAGAAAGAAGCAGAGGUCGUUCGCCAGGUGCGAGAAAACGACGCCUCUGUUGCUCCGCAGACGCAGUCUAUCUUACCCAGUGCAUUGGAGAUCAAGGACUUUGCGACCACUGGCCUUGGCCCCCAUGAAAUAUGCCCGAGACCACCCUCCAGUUUCAGUCGACAGGUAUCGCGCAACUCCGGAGGGAUCGACUUUUGGAAUUCUUUUGACGGACGAUACAAAACUCCACCACCACUCUCAGCCGGCGACUCGGCCAUGGCUUCUCCGGGCAUGGAGAGUGGCCUACCAAGCCGGCAAUGCAAGGAUAUAGACGUCGAGCCGGAAGUGUUCCCCAAGUUCAACAAACGACGACGUGGAGACGACUUCGACCUGGCCUCUUUCAAGCGUCGGGCCGUCUCUCCAGGGCCCAGCAUCCACAGUAGCCCGGUUCAAGGGCAUGCGGGUGCUGGUACAGAGGCCAGCCGGGUUGGCCAUCUAUCAAAGGCCAUCUUGUUCCCAGGCAGCCAUCCCAGCGAGACCAGCUCCAAUACCAACACCAGCUCUGGGCCAGUAAAGCGAGUCGGCCUCCAGGGCAUGACCGAGACCAGUGACGGCUUUAUGAAGAUGACCAUCGACUGA